GGGGCCCCGGGCGUCCCCCGCAUGCGCAUUCUCCUCUUCGGCCGUGCUGCGCGGCCUGGAAGACCCGCGGACCCGGACGGACGCAGGGCCGGCGUCACGGCGCAUGCGCACUUUGCGUCUGGCCCCCGCUGCGGCGCCGGGACUGGGGCGCAGGCGCGCGCGUGCGCGGCGGGCCGAGGGCGUUCGUUGGCAGGUGUCGGGGCGGGGCGGCGGGCGAUGGGACGACCGGCGCUGCUGCUGCUCGCGCUGUGCGCAGCUGGCUCCCGGGGCCUCUACUUCCACAUCGGCGAGACCGAGAAGCGCUGCUUCAUCGAGGAGAUCCCCGACGAGACCAUGGUCAUCGGGAACUACCGCACCCAGAUGUGGGACAAGCAGAAGGAAGUCUUUCUGCCCUCGACCCCGGGCCUGGGCAUGCACGUGGAGGUGAAGGAUCCCGAAGGCAAGGUGGUGCUGUCCCGGCAGUAUGGCUCGGAGGGCCGCUUCACCUUUACUUCCCACACUCCUGGUGACCACCAGAUCUGCCUGCAUUCCAACUCCACCAGGAUGUCCCUCUUUGCUGGCGGCAGACUGCGUGUGCACCUAGACAUCCAGGGUGGGGAGCAUGCCAACAACUACCCCGAGAUUGCCGCCAAGGAUAAACUGACAGAACUGCAGCUCCGAGCUCGACAGCUACUUGAUCAGGUGGAGCAGAUCCAGAAGGAGCAGGAUUACCAGAGGUAUCGUGAGGAGCGCUUCCGUCUUACCAGCGAGAGCACCAACCAGAGGGUCCUGUGGUGGUCAAUUGCUCAGACGGUCAUCCUCAUCCUCACUGGAAUCUGGCAGAUGCGUCACCUCAAAAGCUUCUUUGAGGCCAAGAAGCUGGUGUAGUAUCCUCUCCGUCCGAUCCUCCCGUCACAUCAAUUUUUGGUACUUUCCCCACCUGAUAACUUCUCCACCUGGAUUUUGAGGGAAAAAAAAUGAAAAAAGACCACAAGCCACAUUGUUUCCAUGGCAACAAAGCAUUCACGUCAGCCACUUGUGCACACUGGUUUUCAAGGACCCAGGACGUUGGUCUGAGUUUCCAAAGGUCCAUUUGGGGUCUGUUUGGAGUCGGAACUGACCCGGGACUAAGUCUUGGGUCUGGGAUUCCCCCCAUCCUGGCACAAAAAGAGCAAGUGAAAAAGUGUCUGCUACCCCUUUAGUUUCUCUCUUUGUAUUUCUGCAGUAGGCAGCUGAAACGCCCGGCCAGGGGCGGCCCUGCCUCCCUAUUCCCUUGUUAGUCCUGGGUUUGCUCAGUGGCUUUGUGAAUGUAAAUAAGGGGCAGAGGCCUCAGAGAAUUGUAAUGUUUUUCUAUAUAUUAGAACUAUUUUUUGAUAAAUUAUAUAUAUUUUACUUCCUAGUUGAAGUGUUCCUGCCUGUGUUUGACUAGGUGAAAACACCCAUGCAGCUUCCCCUACGCUGUUUCUCCGAACAGUUUUAAGGGCCGCAGCAGCUCACAGACAUCAUAGAUGCUCUCAUGGCCUCCCCAGGCGGCCGGGCAGAGACUUCCCUGAGGCACCUGCGAUUUCCAUCACGCAGGGUUUCUGAGAGUGAGGCAGUCACAGAGCUAGCACCGGCGGGGCCCUCCUACUCUCUUCUUUUCACUUUGAUUUAAGCCGUGGUAAAUGUUUUUUUUGCAGGAGCCACGUUUGGUUCUUCACACAGAUUUUUCCAGUGAAAUAAAAUGUGUUGUAGUAGCUGUGUUUGAAAUGAAGUAAGAGGUGGUGAGCAGAGGGGAGGCACGAAAGGAAGUGGAAGAAAGGCCCUUGGCCUUGCUGGCUCCCGUGCUGUCCCACAGUGGGCUUCAGUGUGGCCUCAUUCUGCAGGGGUUUGGCCGGAUGGGUGUCCAUGGGUGUGGAACGGACAGGGCAGUUGCUCAGCCACUCACAGAGGUUGGCCACACAGGCCCAUCAGCAGGGAAUCGCGCAAGCAGAUGAACUACCUGUUUCUUAGCCCCUGGAAUCUUUUACAGAUCUUAGUACACUGUCCCCCUGUUGUAGUAAACUUGCCCAUUCUUGGCUUUUU